UGAUGUUCAGUCCGGCACCGACCACCGCCGCCACGGGCAUUCGUUACUUAUUUACGCAAGAUCUCGCGUGAUAUCAACCGAAAACAAAAAUUGAAAAAGAUACGAAAAAGAAUUAGAGAAACAUCAAGAAAAGAGGAAACCACAUAAUAUCUACUCGAAACUCUUUGGACUUCGUGUAACUUUUUAUUUUGAAUCAUCUUCUAGCAUAAAGCAUGAUCUAGAUUUUGUUUUUAAUUCACAUACUGCUUGAAUUAGAGGAUCUUGGAUAAGAGAGAUAAGUUGAGAUAAGUUUGAUAAAUUAAGACAAAGAUUGAGUCCUCACCUUGUCUGCACCUGAAAUCCGUUUUCAAAAAUUUGUUUACGAUGGUUGGAUCUUGCUCAUGGACUCUAAGCUACCAGACAAGUUGUGUCAGACCCUUGAUCAGCAGACCAGGGUCGCAUCUUGACGGGAUGUAAGAGGUCACGUAGUUGGUGAUUGGUUCGAAAGUAUCUCGGUCAAAGAACCGUGAUACCAGCUCGUAAAGGGGGUGAAUCGAACUCGAAGAUUCAGCCAGCCAGUGAGUCUCAAGAAAAGAAUAAUAAGUGAGCCGAAAGAGAAAUAAUAAACUAGCUAAAUACUAGUUUUUUUAAAUUCUAUCAAAAUAAACAGAUAUAAUUUAUAUACAUCACUAAACUUUAAACUAACAGUAAGCAAAGAAAACAAUCUUAAACUCGAAGGAGGAGUGUUGUUUCUCUCACUGGAAAAUCAGUUCCUUCGAUUAACCAAUGCAUCUCGAGAUAUAAAUAAAAUUGUAGGUACUCUCAGUUUCAACACAAACCGGACGGACAAGUCAAAGAAUGCAUUUCUCCGUUUGCAUGUAAUUUUUCUAUUUAUUAUUGCACGUACAACCUCGACUGGUGAAGGCUUCGUUUUUCGGCAGAUCCCCUUUAUAGAUUCAGUAAACUUUCCCUCGCUUCGCGUAGGUUCUCGUGUGUGGAAACGCUCGACCAUCAAACACGUGGAUCGAGAGGUAUUAAGGUAGUCAGUCUGUUAUUUUCUCACCCUCAGAGACUGAAAUAUUUUUCCCUCGAUAUAAUGCUAUUCUUUAAGGAUUAAAAACUAGGGUGUUGUGCGAAAAGGUUGAGAAGAAAAAUAACUAAUAUUGGUGUGACCUCUAUAAAGGAGUGUGUAAUUGUUAGAUAUCAUAAAAAUUGAAGGAAAGGAGAAAUCGAAGGUGGGGAAGGAGAGGAAGAAGGAAAGGAAUUGAAAUUGAAGAUGAUGUCGGAGGGUAAUAACGGGUACAUCAGAUCAGAAGUGAUGGCAGAACAGGGCGAUCUUCUGCCGACCGGAAGUCGAGAAUGCUCGCCUUCAGAAGCGUCUCUUCAGGUGAAACAUGGUCCUCAGGGAGCAACAACUACUAUCCUACAUCGGCCUGGUAUUUCUAGAGGAUCAUCAAUCACAAGACAUAGGGGACCAAUUCAUAGGCAACAAUUUAUUACCGUUCUAGCGAUUAUUCUACUUGUAAUCGCUGCACUAACUCUUUUCCUUGUUAUUGUAAUACGCGAAUGCAACCAGGAAGCACAUCCAAAGCUUUGUUUAACGGAGGAAUGUGUAAGAACAGCUGCUAGUUUAUUAUCAGCCAUGAAUCAAACAGCAUCGCCCUGCGAGGACUUUUUUCAAUACGCCUGUGGAACGUGGAAUCGCCUUCAUGUUAUUCCGGAAGAUAAAAGUUCCAUUAGCACUUUCGAGGUGAUGGCAGAUCAGCUUCAGGUGAUCCUUAAACGAGUCCUGGAAGAACCAUUGAAUAAUCAAGACAACGAAGCGACUAUGAAGGCCAAGAUGUUCUACAAGUCCUGCAUGGACAUCCCUCAAAUACGGAAAAUUGGAGAUGAGCCAUUGCGAAAGGUGCUGAAGUCACUUGGGGGUUGGCCUGCAGUUGAGGGCUCUUUAUGGAGAGCACCUCCGUAUUCUGUGGAAGUUCUUCUGGGCCGAUUACGUAGUGAAUUUAACGAAGGGGUACUUUUCGAGCAGUGGGUUGGUCCUGACGACAAGAAUUCCUCAAUGAACAUCCUCCAGGCCUCACUUCCGGAAGUAGACCGCCACGAUACUUCGUCCGUCUAUCGCAAGUUGAAGUUGCGCGAACUACAGCGAGAAGUCCCUCAAAUUAAAUGGCGAGAUUAUCUUCAAGAGUGUGCACCAAUUUCUGAAGAAGAGCCUCUCGUGGCAUAUGCAAUGCCGUACUUGGUAGAAAUGGGAAAAAUUAUAGCAAAAACUGACCGCAGGACGCUACAUAACUACAUACUGUGGCGAUUCGUAAUGUCUAUAACGCCUCACAUGAUAGACGAGUAUCAACAGAAAAGGAUAGAAUUCCGAAAGAUCCUAUUAGGUAUUCUCACUGAGAGAGCCAGGUGGUCUCAAUGCGUAGAAUGGACUAACAAAAAAUUAGGCAUGGCAGUCGGAGCACUCUUCAUUCGCGACAAUUUCAAUCACGAAAGCAAGGAAACUGCUCUGCAAAUGAUCCAAACGAUUCGAGAAGCUUUCAAUGACCUUUUAAUAGAAAAUCAGUGGAUGGAUGAUGAGACAAGGGCUGUUGCAAAAAAUAAAGCUGAUUCUAUGAAUGAAAGAAUUGGAUAUCCUGAAUUUUUGAAAGAUCCGAAAAAAUUAGCUAAAGAAUACCUUACGCUAAGCAUAACAGGCGAUCGCUUUUUGGAAAAUAUAUUGUGGGUAUUAAAGUAUGAUGCUUAUCAAAAUCUGCAAAGAUUACGCCAACCUGUAGAUAAGGAAAAAUGGUCAACAGAGCCAGCUGUCGUAAAUGCUUUUUAUAACCCGAAUAAUAAUGACAUUGUUUUCCCAGCUGGAAUUUUGCAACCGCUUUUUUACUCACAACAUUUUCCAAAAUCUCUAAACUAUGGUGGAAUUGGAGUAGUAAUUGGUCAUGAAAUUACGCAUGGUUUUGACGACAAGGGUCGUCAAUUUGAUAAGGAUGGCAACAUGAUGCAGUGGUGGAAUAACGCAACUAUCAGGGCGUUUAGGGAAAGAACCCAGUGCAUAGUUGAUCAAUAUUCAAGAUACAAACUUCAAGAAGUGGAUCUUUAUGUUAAUGGAAGAAUGACUCAGGGUGAAAAUAUUGCCGACAAUGGUGGCCUCAAACAGUCCUUUCGAGCCUACAAAAAAUGGACAGCAAGUCAUGGACAAGAACCUUUCUUACCCGGUGUCAACCUAAAUCAUGAUCAACUCUUCUUUUUGAACUACGCGCAAAUAUGGUGUGGUACCAUGAGACCUGAAGAUGCACGGACUAAAGUUAGAAGCAGUGUGCAUUCCCCAGGUCGAGCACGCGUCUUGGGCCCGCUAUCUAAUAGCGUAGACUUUGCCAGGGCCUACAGCUGUCCUCCAGGUUCUCCGAUGAAUCCCACGCAUAAGUGUAGUGUAUGGUGAGAAUUCUUUCUUGCAAAUUAUCAGUUAUCGCAUUUAUAAUACAAUUUUCAAAAGUAAUUUAUAUUAUUGUAUUCUACUCAGUAUUUUAAUAAGCAGUAUUAAUGAGCAUAAGCAUUUAAAGUCAAAAUAUUCUGAAUCCGAAGCCUUUCAAAUUACAAAUGAUAACGAUAUAAAUUCAAUCAUUUUAAUUUUAAACGUUAAUCAUAAAAUAACAUGAUACAUACACAUGCACGUGCAUGCGCGCGCGUCCGUGUAUGUGUGGGUUCGUGAUACCACUUCAAAUAUACAAUGAAACUCUUCUAUUGCAUCGGUUUUUGGGCUGACGGUGCUAAGGAAAUAACUCAAUAGGCAGCCGCUCCGGCUGAAAACGUUUUUGUUUGUUCACGCCAGACUGAACUUCGCACACCCAGCGCAGCUCAUGUUAUACCUACCUGUGACGCGGCUUCAAUUUGCGGAAAGGCUAUAAACGGGAGAGCUAUUGAAGGGUCUUACUGUAUAUAUAUUUCUUUCAUUACAUUUUUUUAAACAUGAACUCAAGAAAGUCAAUUUGUGUAACAUAAUUGGAAAAAAGGAUUUGAAGUGACAGCAGAUUUUUUCUUACGAAUAUUGUAAUCAGCUCACUAGAGACAGUUAUGUGACAAUUGUAAAAAGAAAGAAAAAAAGACCAAACCACGUCGCUCUCUUUUUAUUAUUAUUUAUCCGUCUUUUUUGUCCUGCCAGGAUCCAACAUGUUUCGAGUAUUUUUGGCUU